AUGGACUACCGCUACCCAUCGUACUUCAAAGACAGCAGAAUCAUCGGUGGCCAUAGAUUCAAAUGGACUUCCGGACAUAAGACUACCGAGGAACUUGACCACUACCUUUAUUCAUACGACAAGUUGGCCACAGAUGCUCUCGAUCGGCUAGACCUUAUCUCCCCACCAACGACAAAGGGAUGGAAGUGUCCUCAUGGUUCUGGCCCGGGCCAGAGAGACAUUUACGAAUUACUCAAGAAACAUGCUAAUGGCGAUGAAAUCCUGGGUCAAUUAUGGGAAGAAGUCUCUACGGUCCCUGAAUGGGUUGACUGGGAUCAGAUUCAGCGUGGGCAACAGGUCGUGUAUCAGUUCAGUGGACAGAUUCUCUUUGGUCUCAUGUACAAGUCGUUGUUGGGAGGAAUGGGGGCAUAUCGAAUUGUCGAGACUCUUUCUCGAACUGGUGGUUUCGGCAUCAAUGUCACUAGGCGACGACUUCUUGAAACACUCCAGCAUUUCAUGGAGGUCGUUGACGAUCUCGAUGCAAUAAAGCCUGGGGGAAGAGGCUAUGUUUCUUCUGUACGAGUGCGCCUCUUACAUGCUUCAGUUCGAAGACGGCUUAUGCAACUUGAGCAUCAAAACCCGGGAUACUUCGACAUGGAGAAAUGGGGAGUUCCUAUCAACGACUUACAUACAAUCGCCACUAUUUCAGCGUAUUCCGCUGCCAUUGUCUAUAUGGCUCCUCCCCGUCAGGGUAUAUACUUAUCCAAGCAACAAACUGGAGACUAUCUCGCUUUAUGGCGUUAUGUUGGAUAUCUGCUUGGAACGCCUGUGGACUGGAUGGCCACACCACAACAAGCCAAAGCCAUGUUGGAGUCCAUAGCAGUAUCUGAAGUGGCUCCAUCAGCGAAUUCCCAAAUCCUCGCGAACAAUAUUCUCACAGCAGAAGCUCGAGCUCCGCCACUGAAUAUGCCACGCGAGGUACUUGCCGCGCACGCAUACAGACUCAACGGCGAUGAAUUCGCCAGCGCACUCGGUAUCGAAAAGCCCGACUUGCGAUCCCGGCUUGUCGUAUGGAUGCAAUGCACUGUUCUCUUUUUCAUAAGCUAUAGCUACCCCUGGAUGCCAGCUUACAUGCAGAAGCGACAAGAACAAAGAUUCAAAGACUUUGCGUAUUUCAUGAUCCACAAUCAUAAAGCGGGCGGUCUCGGUGAAUCGAGCACUUUUGAGUUCCAGUAUCUCCCGCGCCUCGGUAUGCUCACUGAACUAGGCGUGCGCAGGGACCUUGAGGCAGAAAGGACAACGUCAGCGGACUUCUCCAAGAGUAUGACCAUCUCGAGGAGGGCAGUGCUCUUAGUCGGCACGAUUCUUGGAGCUAUUGCGGCGGUGAGCCUCGUCAGAUUCGUGGGCGUAUCGAAUAUACCGCGCCAUUUACUCUCGGCCGUCUUGGCGCAGCAAAGCCUUGUCUGGGCUGAUUAGUAUUGUGUUUUGAUCACUUGCUGGGAAAGGUCGUCAAUAAGUCAAAUCAUCUGGGCGAGGUUGAAAACAAUAUGUGUGG